CCCCCCUUGACACAUCUGGAGAUGGAUCCGGGGCUGUUGUCCCACAGCGGUUCCCGUGCCUGCAGCGAAUGUUGGAGGCAUCAGAUUGACUGCUGGUGAGGGACCCUCCCCCCCCCCAACAGGCCCAGGAUGCCAGGAUGCCCAUCACUCAGGACAACGCCCUCAGCAUCCUCCCGCUGCUGGAGAACUGGCACGGGGCUCAGAGUGCCAGAUCACAGCAGGACCACAACCUGAAUCCAGAGAAUCCUGGCUGCAAGCAGGUGGACCAGGACUCCUACCACAAUGGGGAAGUGGACAGUGUGUGCAGCAGCAGCAGCGUCAACAGUGUCAAUGGGGACAACAUGUCCCUGUGUCUGGCCGCCAUUCAGAAGCUGACGGAGUACAUCAACUUCAACUUCAUGGAGGGGGACCCAGUCCUGUCCUCCUGCAGGGACGGGCUGGACGUCGAGGUCCACGCUGUGUCACUCUGCAAAGAAGAGGGCGGCGACGCCGAGUUUGGCCUCAGUUUCGGGAACAUCCCCAUUUUUGGGGACCCUGAUGGCAGAAAGAAAGGAGGUCCACGGAGGAGGAGGGACCAGGGCCCCAUCAUGGAUGUGGGCUGCAUCUGGGUGACAGAGGUGAGGAAGAGGAGCCCGGCGGCCCGCUGCGGGGGUAUCAAACUGAGGGACGAACUGCUGUCACUCAACGGGCAGCUGAUGGUGGGAGUAGAUGUCAGUGGAGCCAGUUACCUGGCUGACCAGUGCUGGAAUGGAGGCUGUAUCUACCUGAUCAUGCUGCGGCGAGUCAAGCGGAAGGCCCCCCUCCCUCCCUGCAACACUAACGGCAGCGGCGGCACCGCUGCCAUGGCCUCGGCCAACGGGUUACGCACGCGCAAGUUUGGCGUCAUAUCGCGGUCGUCCUCCAACCGGGACGCCGAACCGAAGCUCUCCCCCCACGACGGCCCCGCUCACGCAGGGGACCCGGGUCGCCCCCAGUCCCCGCACACACUGCAGGGGGGCAGCCCGGACGCCUCUCCUCAGGAGGGAGGUGCUGGCCGGCGGCUGCGCGGCGGGUGCAGCGGCACCCUGCCCGCCAGGUGUCACAGUCAGCUGUUGGAGAGCAAGAUGGAUUCUUUCAGCAGUGAAGCUUCCGGCCCGCCCAGAGAGGGCAGCUACAUCUGGAAGAUGCACAUGGUGAAGGGCGAGGAGGGCCUGGGCAUCCAGAUUACAGGAGGGCGCGGCUCCAAGCGCUCCCCCCACGGCAUCAUUAUAGCUCGCGUGGAGAAGGCAGGCGCCAUUUACAGGGACGGACGCCUUCAAGCUGGUGAUGAGUUGCUGAUGAUUAACGGUCAGUCUCUGGUGGGUCUCACUCAUCAGGAGGCUGUCGCUAUCCUCCGCUCCACUUCUGGUCUGGUCCAGCUGGUGGUGGCCAGCAGGGAGGAGUCGGACGUGGGUUUUGAGCGCUUCCCUUCCACCAGUCUACCCGACCUGGUCAACACCUGCAAUUCACUGUCCUCCCUGUCUCAGACUGCUGCUGCCCGCUCCCCCCAGACCUCCGACCACAGCCCAGAUUCACACCCCCCCUGCCUGCUGACUGACUUGGAGAAACUAGAAGGGCCGAGUCAGGGAGAAGCACCCAAAGGAUCCUGCUGCAGCCCCACGCCAAUGAAGCCUGGCAGUCGGUCCCAGGCAGGAUGCAGUCGCCUGGAGUCAGUGGGGGAGGACGAUGAACUGUUUGUGGGGAACGGUGUGAGCAGCUGUGAGAGGGCGGAGAAGCCUCCACCCGGACACCGCAAACACUCGUUGCCUCAACAGCUGGACACGGCUGGAGUGAGACAGGAUUAUCAGAUCAUUAAGAAAUCAGCCCGCUCCCUGAGCACCAUUCAAGUGGAGUCUCCAUGGCGACUGGCGCAGCCGUCCAUUAUCUCCAGCAUAGUGCUGAUGAAAGGCCAGGGCAAGGGCCUGGGAUUCAGUAUUGUUGGGGGGCACGACUCGGCUCGCGGUCAGAUGGGAAUUUUUGUCAAGACUAUUUUCCCUCACGGAGCCGCAGCGGCGGACGGGCGACUGAAAGAGGGGGACGAGGUCCUGGAAGUGAACAGCGAGUCUCUGCAAGGACUCACGCACCAACAGGCCAUCCAGACCUUCAAGCAACUGAAAAAAGGGGUGGUGACGUUGACAAUCCGAACCCGCCUGCGCAGUCCCAGCCUGACCCCGUGUCCCACCCCCACCCUCCUCAGCCGCUCCAGCUCACCCAACUCCAACACCAGCGGGGGAACACCCGUCCCCCCAGGGGGCGAGGAGGCUGAUGGCCACAGGGGCCCCGGACCUGGUCCCAAGGACUGCAUCAUCAUGGAGGUCACACUUAAUAAAGAGCCCAGUGUUGGUCUCGGGAUCGGAGUCUGCUGUCUCACCCUGGAGAACACCGCUCCUGGCAUCUACAUCCAUAGCCUGGCACUGGGAUCUGUGGCCAAGAUGGACAGUAGGCUCAGUCGUGGGGAUCAGAUCCUGGAGGUGGACUCGGUCAGCCUGCGUCACGCCGCUCUCAGCGAGGCCUAUGCCAUCCUCAGUGAAUGUGGCCCUGGACCUGUCAGUCUUAUAAUCAGCAGGCACCCUAACCCCAAGGUGUCGGAACAGGAGAUGGAUCACAUCAUAGCUCGAUCCACACAGCGCGACAAAAUGAGCAAAACCCGACCAUGGUCCUGUAAGAGCCCCGGCCCGACGCUGAAGGACAGGCAGGGAGAUGCCUCCCUAGAUCUCAGCUGGACCAUGAAGAGGUUCCUGGAGCCGGCCAGUAGACACGGGUCUCUGAGCUCAGAGACAGAGUUAUCUCAGUACUUCGCCCAGGACGCUUCCAGCCACUCCUUCUCCUCGGAGUCCGUGCUGAUGGGCUCCAACAGCUACGAGGCGCUCCACCAGCGGUGCUGCAGCCCUUCCAUGGAUGACCACUCGGCACGGCCACAUGAAGUGGAAAGUGGCCCCGAGCGCAACGCCUCGCACGACAAAACGCGCGUCCAUCACCAGGUGGAGGCAGUUUGCCAGCCCGUCGCUGCCUCCAACCCCACCCCCGUGCGAAGCCCACUCCUCCGCCAGCGGCGGCUGAUGUGCUUCGAGGAUGAGCUCAGCAAGGAGGAGGACGAAGACCAUGGCAGCAACACCAGGCUCUCCCAUAGGCCGACAGAACCGGACCCACUCAACUGCAGCCAUGGCCACGCAUCCCAAAUUCCAAGUGUGAUGGAUAUAAAUGGAAACCGUGAAGAAGGCCAUGUGCACAAAACACAUGUCUCUGGUAGUUUCCCACAGUGUGAGGAAGGAACUGCCAUUCAGUCCGAGUCCCCCAUUCGCAAGGCAGGGGGGGCGAGCGGUUUGGUCAUCAGCAGUGAUCAAGAGGACGGACACUUGGAGUCAAAGCGCUCCCCCAAGCUGGAACAUAAAGCAGUGACGCGGGUCAAGAGUAUGUUGCCCAACUUGCCCCAAAAGUCCAAAGCGGAGGAGCCUUCUCCAGGCUUGGACCCGCCCCCUUCCCAAGUCACCCAGUGUGGAAGGAACUCCAACACCGCUGGUGCCUCGGUACCCCAUCACCUGUGCAAGAGGGGGGAUGCCAGUGAGCUGGUGGGUGUCUGCACCAUCGACUGUGUGACGCUCAGGAGAAGCGAGGGUGAGUCGUUCGGGCUCGACCUGGAGAUCCUGUCAUCCCCUCUGAAAGUGGUCAUCGUCGGGCUGAAGCCUGGGGGGGCAGCAGAGCGGGAAACUGAAGGAACCCUUUGUCCUGGAGAUGAGGUCGUCAGAAUUGGGGAAACGUCGGUGCGCUCCUCUACUUACCAGGACAUCUGUGAGCUCAUGCACAACCUUCCCAUUACACUGUGCUUGGAGAUCAAGAGACCGGUUUCAGCUGUAGAUCGGCUGUCCAGUUUGAUCCUUUCAUCGGGGAGCAGUGACGGAGCCACCACACUAAACCCCCCCAGACCGGUUCAGGGGACAUCCGAUGAUGGACAAGUAAUGGGUGCACAUCCAGGGAAUUACAACUACGCAAACCAAACAGACUUUCAAAUACCCAUCACAAAUAUAGAUGACAUUUUAUCAGAACUAAGCCUCUGCAGUGCUACAAAUACACACACUAAUUCCCCCAGAAACACAUCUAAUGAGCCUGUGUCCUGCCACUCAAGCCAGCAGACAGUAACCCAGUAUGAGAAAGCUGGCGUUCAGGUUCCAAUAAAGGACAGUUCCACCUUGGAUGCAGGAAAUGAAAAAAAGGCCACGCCCCCUAUGGAGACAAAAAGCUCACAUGCCCAAAGACUUGAUGCUAGUUCAAAGUCCAUGUACCCCAUAGGAGAUGAAAGUGAUUCCAACUCCUCCACUGACAGCAUUGUAAUGGUCAACGGGACGGCAGGAAGUGGUGGUCUUCUUCAUGAGCUUUCAGAUGAGGAGGAAGUGGAGUUCUGUUCAUGUGAGGCAAAGGAACCUGCUGCUGAUGAAAUGUCCCAUUUAAGCCACUCGGCAAUCGGGUCGCCCUCCUUUCUGCAUGCUGGCAGUGAAAACACAUCCCUGGACCACAGCUUGCAGCUUGCAGCUGAUGUCUUAAUUACAAACAAGGAAAGCUCGCAGCUGGCUCAUUUAUUAGGGGUCUCCUCUCCAGUGCAAUCUGCCAACAGUACAAUGCCUAUGAAUUCCUUGGAGUGCCACACCAGUAGUGCUAUUGAACUCUGUAUCAAAGUUAAAGAAGGUUGCACAUCCACUCCCACAAGCAUUCCCUCUGCAGCAGGUACCCACAGUACCGAUAAGGCUACUACGACUACAAAUGUGAUUUCAGAUGCCUCGCUGGCACUCUGUUCACCUUCGAUGGAGUCAAAGACCUCAGGUGCAAGCAUCGGCCAAUCGGGUAUGAGAGUGGCAGCGUCCAUGACGAGCAAAGAAAAAGCCUUGGAGUGUAGAACUAAUUCAAACCAUCAUGUUAUCUCUGUGCUCAAGAAGAACUCAGGGCUGAAACAUCUUGAUAGUAUAGACUCUCUCGGGUGGAGUAGUAACAGUAAACUCCAGGUCGAAACUCCUAUUCGACCAAUCACUGAUGCUCCAAAACUGAAGGGCCUCAGUAUUAAGAGUAAGAAGCUACCACUGAGCGGUAGGGAAAGUCCAGUAUCCAAUGCUUCCUUGAACCAGCCACCAAAAUCCUCCUCGUCAACGGUAACUACGUCCAGCUGGUUGAAGACCACCAGCCAAAGCCUCGAUGUGCCCAAAGUAAGUGACACCAGGGAAGCAGCAGCUAGCACCUCACAAACGUUGCAGCUGGCCAAAGAGGUCCAUUCAAGCUCCAAAUCACACACCACUGCCACUCAGAGAACAUUCAUAGAAGUUCGACUGUCUACCAUUUCUGCUUCCUCACCACCAGUUAUGACAAACAAAGAAACCGUGGAUUCAGAAUACUCCAAACCUACUCAGAGAGGCACAGACUCUGGAUCAGCCCCCGCGCUUUCUCCUGCCGCCUCCACAACAAACGGCACGGUGUUUGAUUCUCUGUGUGCUGCUGAAGACACUGACUCACCCUCAAGCAAUGGCUCAAAACCCAGUAGUAUAGUAGAGACGAGUGAGACCCUGAAGAUAAGCAUGUCCAGACUGUACAUAAAGACGAUGGAGAAGCGAUGUCUCACCACAGACAUGGCCUUGUCAGCAGGCCUCAAUCCUUUCUCUGUCCGACACAAGAUAAAGUCCUUUGAAAACCUGGCUAACUUUGACCGGCCAGUGGUUAAAAGCAGUGAGAUCCAGUCCCACGCGCUGGCGUACAGGGCCUCGCUGAACCAAAGGAUCGCGGGUUACAUGGAUGUUGUCAAUUCCAGUUUUAGCUCUUACGUGGAGAACCUGAUCCCCACUGCGCCCGGCUCACCUCUCCUCAGGAAAUCUCCAUCCAGCAUCACACUGCUUAACCUCGAGCUCCCUCGUUCGAGCUACGAAGCGCCCGCUGUGACGGGUCGAGGUCUCAGAGCGCCGGAUGGCACGGCCCCGCAGACCCCUCAGUUGCUGCGCAGGAAACAGGGCAAACUGGCCCGCAGCAGGUUGCGCCAGCUCAGGGCUCUCAGCAUGCCCGAACUGGAAAAACUCUGCAGAGAGGAUACCACCACCAUACUGAAAGGAGCAACAGACAACGUUCCACCUUCUGCAACCCCGACUAGAGCUGAUGUGAACAGGGACACCGGAAGGGAUGCUGCAUCCACUGAAGAAGCUCAGGAGACCCCAGAAACCCUUGGACACCAGCCUGGCUGGGCAGUCAGUUUAAAGGAGCUGGCUUCUUCUCCGCUGAGUCAGCGCAAGCUGCAAACCCUGCUGUCCUCCCCGGCGCUUCAGUCCUAUGUGACGUCCCUGCUUCAGGAGACCGAGGCCCUCUCUGAGGUCAACGGUAAUACUCAGCUCGUGGUCCUGAGCAAAGAGGAAGGCUCGGGGCUCGGCUUCAGUGUUGCUGGCGGAGUCGACCUUGAGCAGAAGGCCAUAACUGUCCAUCGGGUCUUUACCAAAGGGACGGCCAGCCUCGAGGGCACAAUCCAGAGAGGGGACAGCCUCUUAUCCAUAAACGGCACCAGUCUGGCAGGGAAAACCCACGGAAUGGCGGUCUCCAGCCUCCACCAAGCCAGGCUGUCCCGCCAAGCCUUGGUGGUCAUCUGGAGGGACGAGGGCAGCGAAGCAGGCUCGUCGGACACACAGGACUCUGCCGGCUGCCCAAAGAGGACCAGCUCCAGUGGGAGGAUGGGUCCGGGGGCCGCAGCAGUGGUGGACGUGGGUCCAGACGGCGCUCUAACGGUGGAGCUCCACAAGUCCUCCGCUGGCCUGGGUUUCAGUCUGGAAGGGGGGAAGUCGCCGUCCCACGGAGACAGGCCUCUCGUCGUCAAACGCAUGUUUAAAGGAGGCGCCGCCGAGCUGUCCGGGUUAAUCCAAGUUGGAGACGAAGUCGUGUCCAUCAACGGCUGUUCUCUGGAGGGCCUCAUGCACCACGACGCCUGGAGAAUCAUCAAAGCCACCGACGAAGGGCCCAACCGGCUCCUCAUCCACAGGCCGAGGAGCCCGACCAGGACCAUCAAGGAAAGGGACAGCUCUUGAGAGGGACCAAUGUUUGUGGGCGAGGAGUCCCAAUUUCAAGCUUUUAACAGGUUUUCUGAUGGACUUCAUUUGAUGCUUUGUGUUUUGUCUUGUUACAUGUGCGUUUGUUUGUGUGCAUGUAGAAAUAGGCCCAGUUGGAAGGACCACCAACUAUUUUGGUGUACAUUGCUGAAUCGUGAUUCAUUUCAAAUGGCAGGUACAGUUUGUUUACCAUAGAUUACAAAGAAACCUUUUUUUUAAAAUAAAGUCAGUAUGUGCAAAUGUCCAUGUUUUGGUCCCAGCAUUCAUGGAAACUUCAGCAUCACAGUAUCUGUCGCACAAUCUUUAUAAUCAAUCAUUUUAGCCUUUUGUACUUUUUGUACUACUAAUAUUUAGGUCUAGUCGG